UUGCUCCGUUUUCAAGUGCCAGUCCCACCGAGGGCCAGUCCCCCCACCGAGGGCCAGUCCCCCACCGAGGCCAGUCCCCACCGAGGGCCAGUCCCCCACCGAGGGCCAGUCCCCCCACCGAGGGCCAGUCAACCGAGGGCCAGUCCCCAACCGAGGGCCAGUCCCCCACCGAGGGCCAGUCCCCAACCGAGGCCAGUCCCCACCGAGGGCCAGUCCCCCACCGAGGGCCAGUCCCCACCGAGGGCCAGUCCCCAACCGAGGGCCAGUUCCCACCGAGGCCAGUCCCCAACCGAGGGCCAGUCCCCACCCGAGGGCCAGUCCCCCCACCGGGAGGGCCAGUCCCCCACCGAGGGCCAGUCCCCCACCGAGGGCCAGUCCCCAACCGAGGGCCAGUCCCUAACCGAGGGCCAGUCCCCCACCGAGGGCCAGUCCCCCACCGAGGGCCAGUCCCCAACCGAGGGCCAGUCCCCAACCGAGGGCCAGUCCCCCACCGAGGGCCAGUCCCCAACCGAGGGCCAGUCCCCAACCGAGGGCCAGUCCCCAACCGAGGGCCAGUCCCCAACCGAGGGCCAGUCCCCCACCGAGGGCCAGUCCCCCACCGAGGGCCAGUCCCCCACCGAGGGCCAGUCCCCACCGAGGGCCAGUCCCCAACCGAGGGCCCGGGCCCCAACCGAGGGGCCAGUCCCCCCACCGAGGGCCAGUCCCCAACCCGAGGGCCAGUCCCCCACCGAGGGCCAGUCCCCCCACCGAGACCGAGGGCCCAGUCCCCCACCGGGCCAGUCCCCACCGGAGACCGAGGGCCAGUCCCCCCACCGAGGGCCAGUCCCCACCGAGACCGAGGGCCAGUCCCCCACCGAGGGCCAGUCCCCCACCGAGGGCCAGUCCCCCACCGAGACCGAGGGCCAGUCCCCCACCGAGACU